CGCCCCCUCCACGGAAGGUCUCCGCGCGGCCGCGAGCCCAGUCCCCCAGACCCAGCCCCGGGGCACCAUGGCCGCGUCCGGGCCGCUGCGCGACUGCCAGGCGUGGAAGGAUGCGGGGCUCCCACUGUCCACCCCAAGCAAUGAGGCCUGCAAGCUGUUUGAUGCCACCCUGACCCAGUAUGUGAAAUGGACCAAUGACAAAAGUCUCGGUGGCAUUGAGGGCUGCCUGUCAAAGCUCAAAGCAGCAGAUCCGACCUUCGUGAUGGGCCACGCCAUCUCUAAUGGCCUUGUGCUGAUUGGCACCGGAAGCUCUGUGCGGCUGGACAAAGAGCUGGACCUGGCUGUGAAGACGAUGGUGGAGAUUUCUAAAACCCAGCCACUGACACAGCGGGAGCGGCUGCAUGUGUCUGCGGUAGAGGCAUUUGCCAAGGGGAACUUUCCGAAAGCCUGUGAACUAUGGGAACAGAUUCUCCGGGACCACCCGACAGACAUGUUGGCCCUGAAAUUUUCCCAUGAUGCCUAUUUUUACCUGGGCUACCAGGAACAGAUGCGAGAUUCUGUUGCUCGAAUUUACCCCUUCUGGACACCUGACAUCCCCCUUAGCAGCUAUGUGAAAGGCAUAUAUUCUUUUGGAUUGAUGGAAACCAACUUUUAUGAUCAGGCAGAAAAGCUCGCCAAAGAGGCUUUAUCUAUUAACCCAACAGACGCGUGGUCAGUGCACACCAUUGCGCACAUCCAUGAGAUGAAAGCAGAGAUCAAGGAUGGGCUGGAGUUCAUGCAGCACUCAGAAACCCACUGGAAGGACUCUGACAUGCUUGCUUGUCAUAAUUAUUGGCACUGGGCUUUAUAUCUGAUUGAAAAGGGCGAGUACGAGGCUGCGCUGACCAUUUACGAUAAGCACAUCAUCCCCAGCCUGCAGGCCAGUGGUGCGAUGCUGGACGUGGUGGACGGCUGCUCCAUGCUCUACCGCCUCCACAUGGAAGGGGUGUCCGUGGGCCCGCGGUGGCAGGACGUCCUGCGCGUGACCCAGAAGCACAGCCGAGACCACAUCCUGCUGUUCAAUGAUGCACACUUCCUGAUGGCCUCCCUGGGUGCACGGGACACCCGGACCACAGAGGAGCUGCUGACAACUCUGCAGGACAUCAGCGAAUCACCAGGGGAGAACUGUCAGCACCUCCUGGCCCGAGACGUGGGGCUGCCCCUGUGCCACGCCCUGGUGGAAGCUGAGCGCGGGAACCCUGAUCGUGUCGUGGAACUGCUGCUGCCUAUCCGCUACCGAAUCGUGCAGAUCGGAGGCAGCAAUGCCCAGAGAGACGUCUUCAACCAGUUACUAAUUCAUGCGGCCUUAAACUGCACCUCCAGCAUCCAUAAGAACGUGGCCCGGAGCCUUCUGAUGGAGCGUGAUGCCUUGAAGCCCAACUCGCCCCUGACCGAGCGGCUGAUCCGCAAGGCAGCUGCCGUCCACCUCAUGUAGUGACCGGGCCCAGCUGCCUCCAUCCUGCAGAACCUCAGCGACGGCCUCAUUGGCGUCAGACCAGCCGCUCCACUGGGUUAGGGUUAGAAAACAGCUAGACCCUGUCUGUUACAGCUGUUAGAGGGUAAUCUGCAGCCUUAAACAAAAAGCUCUGUAAACAGGCAGUUUUACAGGAAGAAGGGACACAGAUUCAUUUUAAAUGUCAUUCAGAAUCUUCCUCCAAUCCUCGUAAAGGGCUGGUGUGCACUUCUAAGCAGUCAGAACCAACAUGGCUGCUUCUCUCUCCACUUGCCUUGCAAGUCAUUUCCCAGGGGAAUAUUUGUACUUCCUGCUUGUUCAAGGAUUGGAUGGCAGGGCAGGGCUGGGGCCAGGCUCAGCUGGGGAGGGAGUUUUCCAAACAGCCCCCUGGAGGCAGCCCCUUCUCUCCCCCCGACUGGCUGCCCUUGGGAUAAACCCUUCAUUUAGUCUUCCUUACAUUCGAGAGGGGUCUGUUGUCCCAUUUUACAGGUGAGGGCAGCGAUGGCAGGGUGGGGGGUGGGAGUAGUGACUUGCCCAGAGUCAGAGCUAGUGGAGGCCCGUGUGUCCCUCCUGAGAGAGGGGACCCCACCUUCCUGCCUUUGGUCUCAGCUCUGGCUGCUGCACACACCGCCCUCCUUACAAAUGAAUGAUACACGUGGGGCCCUCCUUCUGCAGUCUCUGGAGGGAAGUCUUUCAGCCUCUCCAGGGGGCUUUGGUUAUGCCGAUUUGGGCUUGUUUCUCUACUUAAACUGCACAUCCUAACGGGAUCUCGGAAACAUGGCUUCCUAGGUCUCGAGUGUGAUAACUGAACUCAGGGCUGCUCUGUUGUGGCAAAAACCAAAGCUUUGAGCUGGUCUCGUAAAGGCUGUCUCUGUACCCUGCUUCCCCGUCCUGGACCUGCCCCAUGUCCCUCCUGAACGUGCUGACUUAGCCCUGCUGCUGCAGCCUUCCUGUGAGGGGGUGGCCUGUGAGAGCAAAGAUGCUUUUCCAGUUCCUUCAGUUUGUAUUAUUAGGAACUUCUUGGGGCAGAGAGAAGGCAGGUCUCUUGGGAGGGAGAGGAGGCCUCCGAAUCUAUUAGGUCUCUGCAGUUUGCUCAAGCCCGGGAAGAUUCCUGAGAUUAAAAUAAAUUAAUCUGUUCCUUUGACUAACUCUUCUGGGCACCUUUGAGCAUCUUUUAUGUGCCAGGCCUGGGACUGGGUUCUGGGGAGACAGGCUUCUCCUUGAACUUGGGGUGGGUGGGGCAUUGAGUGAAGAAAAUGGGUAAUUAAAAUAGGAUUUC